ACAACGCUACCUGCUCGUGUCACCCACACCGCCUUUGCUGAGUGGCAUCAUACUACUGCUAGAAUGGGCCAAAGAAAGCUGCAGCAAAAAAAUUAAAUAAUGCGCUCUACUUUUCUGUCUUCCCCCAGUUUUACUCUACGUUCAUCUUUUCCCUUCUUCGUGAGGGCUUCCUUUUCUCACCCAAGACAAAUCCCGCCUCCCAGAGCUCUCUCUCUCUCUCUCUCUGAGCCAUGAGGAAGUCUCUGCUUCUCUUGGUCUCCCUAGUAAUACUUCUCUCGCUCUCUGGUUUUCAAGCCGAUGCUGCUCUCUCAACAAGGAGACUUUUCACGCCUUUGUUGGCUUUCUUGAAGUGGGUAAGGAAGAGCUCUCCAAAGGUUCCUCAAAAUGAUGGAAACGUUGUUCAGUUUGAACAUGGGUAUUUGGUUGAGACCAUAGUGGAAGGGAAUAAGAUUGGGAUCUCGCCGCAUUCGAUUCGGCUGGCUCCAGACGGCGAACUCUUCGCUGUCGAUUCCGAAAACAGUAACAUUAUGCGCAUAACACCGCCAUUGUCACAAUAUAGCAGAGCUAGAUUAGUGGCGGGAUCAUUCCAGGGGUAUUCAGGACAUGUUGAUGGAAAACCAAGUGAUGCUCGUUUUAAUCAUCCGAAGGGACUUGCUGUUGAUAGUAGAGGAAAUGUUUACGUUGCCGAUACAGCAAAUAUGGCCAUCAGGAGGAUAGGUGAAUCAGGUGUUACAACCAUAGCUGGUGGCAGAUCCAACGUGGCAGGUUAUGCAGAUGGCCCAAGUGAAGAUGCAAAAUUCUCAAAUGACUUUGAUUUAGUUUAUGAUGGCAGCAGUUGUUCUUUGAUAGUUGUUGACAGAGGAAAUGCUGCCCUUAGACAAAUUUUGCUUCAUGAUGACGAAUGUUCUGACCAACAUAUUUCAGUUGUCUCUUCAGAUAUUCUUAUGAUUGUUGGUGCAAUACUGGUGGGCUAUGUCACAUGCUUAUUCCAAGAUGGAUUUGUUCCUACUCAGCUCUUCAAAAUGAAACCAAAGACUGCCUCUUGGGGCACAGUGAAGAGAGAAAAACCUGUCCAUCAGAAUUCAAAAGAUGAGACUAAGGAAUGGUGGCCCGUAGUUACUAGGAUUUCCAACAAGUUCAAAUCAAUUUUGGUAACUCUUGGUCAGAUUUUCUUUUAUCCUGUUCCUUGGCUGAAGCCAUCCAUGCUUGAGAAGGAAGACGGCAAGGACCAUCUUGUAAUGCCUGAGGAUGAGACAGUCCUAAAAAAUGUGCAGAAACAGUGGCAUUCGUGGACAGCUCCUGACACCCAACAAGUUAAUCCUGCUACAAAUGAUUUUGCACAACAGAAGCCAUCAAAGACCAAACCAAGUGGAUUGAAGGAUCAAUCAACAUCAGCUAAAUUGAGAUCCUUCAAGAGACAAGAAAUUCCAGAUUUCUAUGGAGCAACAGAGACCUCUCAGCAUAUGUUACAUGCUAGCAAGAGCAUGAAAGAAAAGAGUAGGCAUCGUCACCAUGAUAAGACAAGAGAAGUUGUAUUUGGAGCUCUAGGGAAUACAUCAAAGCCAAUGGAAAUCAAAUCUGUGGACUAUGGAGAUCCGAAAUUUGACCAUUACAACAUCAGAAGGAAAUUUGGUAAUGAUGAAGAUCAUUUUCAAUUUUAAAUGUACCAUCUUACAUUGAUUUCAUCGGGUGGCAAGCUAGAUCAUUUGAAGAUGAUAGUUUCCUCUGUACACUAUAUAUUAGCACAGUAGGUGAUGGUUUCAUGUUCUGUAUACUACAUAUAUCACACUGGUCAGUGUUUGGCAAGUCAAGGGCCCAAAGUAGGAGAAGGUGAUUUUUUAUUUGAUUCAAAUUUGCUGCACCUAGAUUUGCUGGGGCUGGGCUUUUUGGUGUACACGGUUUAAUUACAGGCUGAGCUACUCAAGCCACUUAAAGACCCAUUCAUGUCAGCUCAAUUAGCUUUGGCUUGUACAAGGUGGGUUCAUCUUUCUCGACUGAUACCACUUGAUUUUGGUUACCUUGAUAUCUGAACUUUUGAAAUUUACUUUGAAUUAUUGUAUGAAAUGAUGGUUGUGUCCCCUGGCAAAAGCACGAUUUCAUUGUUUCACAUAUAAUUUAUUUGUUUAGAAUGCAUCUGGUUAUUGAAGGCA